ACCUUCCGGGACCCCUACAUCCCCACCAUCGAGGACCCCUACCGCCAGGUCAUCAGCUGCGACAAGAGCGUCUGCACCCUGCAGAUCACCGACACCACGGGCAGCCACCAGUUCCCGGCCAUGCAGCGCCUCUCCAUCUCCAAGGGCCAUGCCUUCAUCCUGGUCUUCUCCGUCACCAGCAAGCAGUCCCUGGAGGAGCUGAAGCCCAUCUACCAGCAGAUCGUGCAGAUCAAGGGCACGGUGGAGAGCAUCCCCAUCAUGCUGGUGGGCAACAAGUGCGACGAGACCCAGCGGGAGGUGGAGAGCAGGGAGGGGGAGGCCGUGGCCAAGGAGUGGAAAUGCGCCUUCAUGGAGACCUCGGCCAAGAUG